AUGAACGGCCCAGAAUCUGAUCGAACUUUCGCCCCAAAGCAGGCCUUGAUGCCCACUCCAGCUCUCUACGGAGAAAUAGUCGGCGACGGCAUGGAGCAGCUCGCUGCUGUUUCCAUUUCGUGUAUAGACCCUUUCGGAACUACCGAAGCUAUCUUCCAUGAUGUCGGCUGUGGUCUUGGAGCCGCUACUUCAGCUAUCGUCGCCAGCGCCAAGAGCCAAAAUGUCGCCAUCAAGGGGAGUGACAUCAACGACGACGUCCUUGAAGAUUAUCGUCAAAACAUCGCUAAGAACAAAUGGCCAGCUGAAGCUUUCAAGAUGGACGCAUCAUCUUUUGAUUUCCCGGAUGACACGUUCACGCACUCCAUCGGAAGUGCGCUUGUAUUCGUUCUUCCAAACGAUGGCGUCGAUGCGAUGAAAGAGAUGUAUCGUACGCUGAAACCAGGCGGUGUCGCCAUUGUCAAUUCCUGGGCGUAUACGCCAACCCUCCCUGCCAUUCACGCAGCGUGCAAACAGACGCGACCCGCCGAUACUCCCCUACCACGACAGGGCCUUGAGAAAUGGGAAGGCGCGGGGGUAUUGCGGGAUGUGGUCAUCAAAGGCGGAUUUUCACCGGAUAAAGUGACGAUUCAUCAAAAGGAUGUUCAUAUGACUAUCGGCAAUCUCAAACGUUUUUCUACUAUGAUCUGGAGCUUUAUCGCUGGUACUACCACUGCUGGAUGGUUGGAAUCGGAUGAGGAGAAGUGGGAUGAGGCGGUGGAUGCAGUUGCUGAAGCCUUGACGCUGACGAAGGGAUUUGAGAAGCUUGAAGAUGGAAAGAACAAGAUUAUGUUCAAGGCCAAUGUUGCGGUAGCUACGAAGUAG